AUUGGACAAUCAUUGAUCUCCCCCUCUGCCUUCUGCUCUCUCCUUUCUUUUUUCAUGGGAGAUCGUCACCCGAAUUCGCGGAAGGCGCCAUGUUAUCUUUCUUGCUUUUAAAGCGGGGGAUAAGUGAUAAAAAGCAUUGCGAGUGGGGUUUUCGAAGAACGUACGUCAUUGGCACCAGCGAAACAUUCAACCAACCGUCACUACUAGAAGCUAGGGGAUUGAGAGAACGGGGGCGUAUCCACCAAUUCCAGACGCCAAACUGGAAAUUGACCAUCGCAAAUUUGCAAACAGAAACAACCCCAUGCUGACUGAAAAUGAGUUGUGCGGGACCCGCAUCGGAGCUUCUUUUUAUUAAGACCUGGGCAUUCUGCUCUCCCACCCGCGCUUCAUUGAACCUCGUCUCAACCACCACCACGCCCACCAAACAACACAACAUAUUUUAGUAGCUCCCGCAAGAUCAUUUCAAAGUUCGAAAAUCUACAUAAACUAGCAACAAUGGUUUACACAAUCGUCGUCCAUCUCUACGCUAAAGAUGACCAGGAGUCCAUCACGAAGCUGAAGGCCAAGCUCAUCGAGGCGAGCCAAGUCUACAGCAAAGACCGCGAGACGUUGAGCUGGUUCGUUAUGCAGGAUGUGAGCGACCCAAAGAAGUUCACUAUCGUUGAGAGGUAUCAGUACGAGAGCAGCCAAAAAUACCACCUCGAGAACCCAUACUGGAAGACUUUCGACCCCUACGUCAACCCGCUUCUGGAGAAGCCCAUGGAUCUCCGCAGGUUCAACGAACUCGAUACCGGCAACGUCGGAGGACACUAUCACGAGGAGGCAGAGGGCGACACUACAGUUGCAACCAUGUACAACGAGACGACCUAGAUUUCCUUUAUCUUAACUUUUUGAAAAAUAUGUUAUGGCGACAUGGCGAUACGACCCAUCUGGGAUUAUUUCGGCCGGUGGAUCGGAAAAUGCAGUAACGAUUAUUCGGACUUCUAAUAAUAUACUAUCAAGCUCAAAACUGGCAUGAAAGGCAUCAGAG